CCAUCCGCGGCUUCCGUAGAACGGCGUUUUCAAAAUGGCUGCCCCUGUUGACAACGAUUUAAUUGAAAGUGAUUUGCCCAAAGCUGUGCAGCUGCUGAAUAAUCUCACAGAACAGGUGGUUUCGGUCACGAGUCACGUCCGUGAGCUGCUGACCAAAGUCAAAGAUGGUGUAUUUAAGACAUCACAGGGUUUGUCUUUCUUGGACCUUCGCUAUCACCUGCUGCUCUUCUACCUUCAGGACCUCACGCACCUGAUCAGCAUUAAGAGUGAAGGAGGCAAAAUAAAAGACAGCGAUGCCUUGGACAGAGUGGUCUCCAUCAGAACAGUGUUGGAGAAGAUGCGACCUCUAGAUCACAAACUCAAGUACCAGAUUGAUAAACUGGUGCGUACGGCUGUUACUGGCAGUUUAGCUGAAAAUGACCCACUGCAGCUGCGUCCAAAUCCUGAGAAUCUCAUCAGCAAACUGAAUGAAUCUGAGGAUUCUGAAAAUGAAGCUGAAGGAAACGCAGGCUCAGAGAAGAAAGCAGCCCACUCUAGUGGCAAGAAAUAUAUACCACCCAAGAUUGUACCAAUGCAUUAUGAGGAUGACAUGACUGAGGCCGACAAGAAAAAGGCUCAGGAGGAGCGUCGGAAGCGAGCAGCUCUGAGAAGCUCUGUGAUCCAAGAGCUGAGACAACAAUACAGUGACGCUCCCGAGGAGAUCCGAGACAGACGAGACUUCCAGACCGAAAAGGACAGCCGCGAGGAGAUGCACAGGAAAAACUACGAGGAGUCGAUGAUGGUGCGUCUCAACUUACCAAAGCAGCAGAAGAACAGCAGGAAGAGAGGCAUGAUGGGAAUGUCCAGCCAGCUGAGCAGUAUCACGCACUUCAGUGACAUCUCAGCGCUGACCGGUGGUGAGGGCAGACAGGACGGGGACGGCACUCGUCCCAAGAAAAAGAAGAAACUCAUGAAGAAGAAGACAAAGAGAAAAGCUUUCAAGAAGCACAGAUAGACCCGACCCGUGGAGACCAGUUAAUACAUCCAGUAACCAUCACCCGCUGUAUCAUUGCUAUAUCUGUUGUAUUAAAAAUAAAUUCUGUGACCCUUUUA